GAUGAAGAAGAGCAAGACUUCUAAAUCUGAUCAAGGUGUGGCUGAGAAAGACUUUGAAGAGCAAUCGAUCUCUGGGUCCUUGCUGGAUAAAUGGAUCACACUGCCGAUGGGCAUCCUGACUUUACUUGUUGCAGGGUCAGUAUUGAAUCUGAUAGGCUACUUCUUAGCAUUAAAGGAUGAACUUUGGCUUAAUCCAAGAGAGCAAGAGUUUAUCAGAUGGGGAGCCGCUAUAGGCUACUAUGCAGGAGUCCUAGCAGGCCCUUUAUUAAGAUCAGUCGGUACUAAACUAGCAUUCAUCGUUUCAGCUGUAGUAUCCUUAAUUGGUUUUACCAUUCUUGGAUUCUACACAGAUGAUAAUUACAUUGGAACUGCCAGUUCAGUUAUAAUCGUAAUUCUACUAGCAAUGGUGUCAUUUUGAGGAUGUAUAGCUACUCUUGCAUCUGUAUCAAUAAUUUUGAAGAACUUUCCAAAGGCGACCACUCCCAUAUUAGUAUCAUUACUGAUCACUUACUAUAUGAUAGCACCAUAUUUUGAGAAAUGCAUCAGGAGUGGCUUCCUGCAUGAAUACUCUUUCAAGGCGACAUUGAUUAUCUGUGGGGUUAUCCAAUUCGUCACUUACAUAGUAGCAGCAUUCAGCAUGAAAGAAGUCGAAUUCAGUGUGAGAAUGCUCAAGGCAUGCAGUAGUGUGGACCGGAUUGGUGUAGUCAUAUUCAUUGUAAUUGAAGGAAUCUUUAUCGGUGUCAUAUACUUCUCCUGUAUUGUAGCUAACAAAUGGAGGUCUGGAGCCUACCAAAUGGUUGUUCUCAAUGUCGCCAACUUUGGAGCAAUGUGAUUCUGUGUCUUUCUACUGAAAAAGAGAAUCCAGACGCUUGAUUUAGAUGACGUUGUAGUUGACAUUUACCAUAAAGACCAAGACUUAAAGACAACAUUCAAAGAUGUUUCCUUCUAUAUUCUAAUGAUAGGGACUUUUAUAGUUGUUGGUUCAUGAACUGCAUUUCAACUUGAAGCUCCUACUGUAGCAUUUGCAAUGGGAGUCCCUGAGCUUGGAAUCCAUGCAACCAAAGCUUUCUGGGUCAGUGAUGUAAUUGCCCGUUUCUUAGGAGGAAUCUUAGCAGCACUAUUUUCCAUUUUCAUCAACAGAUAUAUUUUAGCAGGCUUAAUUUCUUUCUGAGGAAUGAUUGGAUUUAUAUUCGCACUCCUAAGUCAACCUGUAGGAGCAACUUUUUUCUAUAUUUCAGCCUUUGUCAUUGGAGGAUCAGUAGGUGCCUUCUGGGUAAUUGUUCCUUUGAUCAUCUAUCAAGAGAAAGGAGUUAGAAACUUUGAGAUCCUAUGGGGGAUCGUCAUAACAAUUAAUGUUCUAGGUGUCCUAGUCUUUGAUAAAACAUUUAUGUGGGUUGGAGACAAAGAAGAACCUUACGAAAUCGGCUUUUGUGAAGGAUAUAGUUGAUAUCUCCCUUCCUUCAUCAUAGCAGCACUCUUAUGAGGCUUUUCAGGCUUACUCUGAAUGCUACAUCAUUUUGGAAUGAUAGGAAACCCAGAGUAGAACACAUUUAGUCAAGAAAGCAGUCCUUCUGUUGAAAAUUUAAAUGAAAAAGCUUU